CAGGCGGCCACUUUGAGAGGUUUGACAUGGCUUGAUACACUCAACCUAGAGAAGAACAUCCUUCCUAUAGCCAAGACAGCAUUUCCGUUCACGAUGUUUAGUUAUGUACCGAACCUCCGACAGCUCUUUAUCGCUUACAACACAGUGUCUACGCGUAGAUAUCAGGCUGAAGAAUACGAACCUUGCUACACAAACGUCACUGACAUCUUUGACUCUCUGCCACAUCUUGAAAACUUGUCCAUCGAUUCACUGCCAGAAAUGUAUCUAGGCCUCGAGUUUUCCAAGUUCAGAACACUGAAAAGUCUUGUGCUGUACUGCGUUGAUGUGGACCGGGCCAGAAAUGAUUGUUUUAUUGGUCUGUCCAACUCCACGGUCAAACAUCUGAUGUUGGACACAUUCUCUGAAGUGUUUGAACCUUUUCUGCCAAAGGGAGCUUUCCGUCACGUCAUUCAGUUAGAAUCUCUUUACAUAAACUUUUUUGAGAUUGGAAAUCACAGAUUAAUGAAAGCACUUAAGCCGUUUAACAAUGGCUCCCUGACGUCUUUGAUUCUUAAUAACAUUGCAUUGUCCAGGUACAGAGAGUCGCCAACUGUAACAUUUGAGGAUGGGCUCCUAAGGCGUAAUGUAACCAAACAUAUCGCAAAUACAUGUCUGAGCACACUGGUCCUGGCGAAUAACAAACUGUUUGCUAUAGAGCCGGGAGCCCUAACAGGCCCCACCUGGCUCAGAUGUUUAAAGCGAGUUGACCUUUCCGGUAACUAUAUGGCGAUAUCGGGGUGGCGAAUCGUUAUAUUUGAAUUGCAUAACUUCCAAAUCCUGGAAGAUGUUACUCUGACAUCCCCACCGGCAACUUACCAAGAUGUUCAUACCACAUUUGUUGGCGGCGUGUAUGGCGUACAAACACUGAGCCACUACCUAUCAAACAUACUAACAAACAUACUAACAAACAUGGCUGCAUCUACAAACUUUGAAGCCGAAGUUAUUUUUUCCUUAGUCAAACCCUCUGAGCAUUAUUCCACCAGUCAUAACAUGGUCGGUAGUAAUUUCUCUAUGUCAGCUACAGAUUUAUCACAGGCAAGAAAGACAGACAGAAAAGUAUCAGCCAUUGUAAGAGGUCUUUGGAUUCGAGUUCCAAAGUCAGUCAAGUACCUAAGGUUCGCCUACAUGACUUUAAGGUCUUACUUGACUUUCAACAGUGACGUGAGGUUUGUGGACGCCGAAAACCUGAAAGAAAUCUACGCCAUCGGAAUCCCGCAGUUUCUGUACAGCGCGGGUAGGAUCAGAGGCCUGGAGAACCUCAGAGUGGUGGACGUGUCUGGGUCAAUGCUCAGCGUCCGGGAGUACUUCUACGACGACUUCCCGAGCCUCGAGUUCGUGGUCUUGAGUCACAUCUACCCUGUCAAUUACUUCGAGGCGGUUGUAUCAUUAAAGCGGUUGCUUCAGAACUUGACCAGACUGACCUACCUGGACAUCUCCGACAACGGUCUCAACGCUCUACCCCCGGGCACCUUUUCUGCGAGUCUUAAAUUAGAAAUUCUAAUCCUUGCCAAAAAUCGGUUUUCUAGUAUUCCAUUUGACCUGGCUGCCAUUCCAAGGUUGAAAUAUCUUGACAUGUCAGAAAAUGCCAUUCUAUUCUUAGAAGAGUACGAGAUGGCGGCCAUUGACGAGCGAGUCCGUGAACUAUCGACCUUCACCCUCAAGCUCCAAGGAAAUGGCAUCUUCUGCAUGUGUUCGAGUAUUAAAUUUGUGGGUAAGUUUGUAUUCGUCGGUUUGAGAAUCAUUGAGUUGAAGAAGAUUGUUAGUUUUGAGAACAUCCACAAGGAAGACACAGUUACGAAGUAGCAAUAUUGUCAACAAGACAUUGUGGGUUGAAUGAAGUGAGGGUUGCGAAGUAGCAAUAUUGUCAACAAGACAUUGUGGGUUGAAUGAAGUGAGGGUUGCGAAGUAGCAAUAUUGUCAACAAGACAUUGUGGGUUGAAUGAAGUGAGGGUUGCGAAGUAGCAAUAUUGUCAACAAGACAUUGUGAGUUGAAUGAAGUGAGGGUUGCGAAGUAGCAAUAUUGUCAACAAGACAUUGUGGGUUGAAUGAAUUGAGGGUUGCGAAGUAGCAAUAUUGUCAACAAGACAUUGUGGGUUGAAUGAAGUGAGGGUUGUGAAGUAGCAAUAUUGUCAACAAGACAUUGUGGGUUGAAUGAAUUGAGGGUUGCGAAGCAGCAAUAUUGUCAACAAGACAUUGUGGGUUGAAUGAAUUGAGGGUUGCGAAGCAGCAAUAUUGUCAACAAUACAUUUUGGGUUGAAUGAAGUGAGGGUUGUGAAGUGGCAAUAUUGUCAACAAGACAUUGUGGGUUGAAUGAAGUGAGAGUUGCGAAGUAGCAAUAUUGUCAACAAGACAUUGUGGGUUGAAUGAAGUGAGGGCUGCGAAGCAGCAAUAUUGUCAACAAUACAUAGUGGGUUGAAUGAAGUGAAAGUUGCGAAGCAGCAAUAUUGUCAACAAGACAUUGUGGGUUGAAUGAAGUGAGGGCUGCGAAGCAGCAAUAUUGUCAACAAUACAUAGUGGGUUGAAUGAAGUGAGAGUUGCGAAGUAGCAAUAUUGUCAACAAGACAUUGUGGGUUGAAUGAAUUGAGGGUUGCGAAGCAGCAAUAUUGUCAACAAUACAUUUUGGGUUGAAUGAAGUGAGGGUUGUGAAGUGGCAAUAUUGUCAACAAGACAUUGUGGGUUGAAUGAAGUGAGAGUUGCGAAGUAGCAAUAUUGUCAACAAGACAUUGUGGGUUGAAUGAAGUGAGAGUUGCGAAGCAGCAAUAUAGAGAAACAUAUCAAGAGAGAUAAAGAGAUAUAGAAAGAGAGAGAGAGAGAGAGACAGAAAAAGAGAUAGGAAAAAAGAAAGAAAGAGAGAAAGAGAAAAAGGAUAUAUAUAUAGAAAGAGAGAGAAUGAAAAGAGAAAGACGGAAAGAGAUGAACAAAUAAGACUAACUGGUAGUUACAAUUUAAGUGGCUAAAAACUAAUCAGAAAAUGUUGCCUUAGAACAUAUGUUAUGACGUCAGCUUAUUUUGACGAUCAUUAUGUGAGUCAAGGGUCAUGAGGUGAGUCUCACUAGGGACAAAGGUAAGUCUGAAAUGUGUCAUCAGGUGAUUCUGUGAUGAUAUCUUAAUGUUGUCAUUGAAUUAAUGUCUCCGUGUUUUUAUUGAUGUGACGAUGUCAUCAUGUUGCCAUUGAUGUGAAGAUAUCAUCAUGCUGUCAUUGAUGUGGAAGAUGUCAACAUGCUGUCCUUGAUGUGACGAUGUCAUCAUGCUGUCAUUGAUGUGACGAUGUAACCAUGCUGUCAUUGAUGUGUUGAUGUCAUCAUGCUGUCAUUGAUGUGACGAUGUCACCAUGCUGUCAAUGAUGUGACGAUGUCAUCAUGCUGUCAGUGAUGUGAAGAUGUCAUCAUGCUAUCAUUGAUGUGACGAUGUUAUCAUGCUGUCAUUGAUGUGACAAUGUCAUCAUGCUUUCAUUGAUGUGACGAUUUCAUCAUGCUGUCAUUGAUGUGUUGAUGUCAACAUGCUUUCAUUAAUGUGACGAUGUCACCAUGUUGUCAUUGGUGUGAUGAUCUCUUCAUGCUGUCAUUGAUGUGACGAUGUCACCAUGCUGUCAUUGAUGUGACGAUAUCACCAUACUGUCAUUGAUGUGACGAUGUCACCAUGCCGUCAUUGAUGUGACGAUGUCACACAGCUGCCAUUGAUGUGACGAUGUCCUCAUGUUGUCAUUGAUGUGUUGAUGUCACCAUGCUGUCAUUUAUGUGAAGAUGUCAUCAUGCUGUCAUUGAUGUGACGAUGUCAUCAUGCUGUCAUUGAUGUGACGAUAUCUUCAUGCUGUCAUUGAUGUGACAAUGUCACCAUGCUGUCAUAUAUGUGACGAUGUCAUCAUGCUGUUAUUGAUGUGAUGAUGUCACCAUGAUGUCAUUGAUGUGUUGAUGUCAUGCUGUCAUUAAUGUGACGAUGUCAUCAUGCUGUCAUUGAUGUGACGAUGUCACCAUGCUGUCAUUGAUGUGACGAUGUCACCAUGAUGUCAUUGAUGUGGCGAUGUCAUCAUGCUGUCAUUGAUGUGACGAUGUCUUCAUGCUGUCGUUGAUGUGACGAAGUCAUCAUGAAGUCAUUGAUGUGUUGAUGUCAUCAUGCUGUCUUUGAUGUAUCGAUGUCACCAUGAUGUCAUUGAUGUGUCGAUGUCACCAUGCUUUCGUUGAUGUGACGAUGUCACCAUGCUGUCAUUGAUGUGACGAUAUCACCAUGCUGUUAUUGUUUUGACGAUGUCACCAUGCUGUCAUUGAUUUGACGAUGUCCUCAUGUUGUCAUUGAUGUGAAGAUGUCAUCAUGAUGUCAUUGAUGUGACGAUGUCACCAUGCUUUUAUUGUUUUGACGAUGUCACCAUGCUGUCAUUGAUUUGACGAUGUGCUCAUGUUGUCAUUGAUGUGUUGAUGUCAUCAUGCUGUCAUUGAUGUGACGAUGUCAUCAUGCUGUCAUUGAUGUGACGAUGUCACCAUGCUGUCAUUGAUGUGAAGAUGUCAUCAUGCUGUCAUUGAUAUGACGAGGCUAUCAUGCUAACAUUGAUUGACGAUGUCAUCGUGAUGUCCUUGGUGUGACAAUGUCAUCAUGUUGUCAUUGAUUCUAUCAUUUCUUUAUUUCUUGUUUCAACAGUCUGGCUUCAGCUCACACUCGCCAAACUGGAAAAUGCUGGCAACUACUCCUGUGCAUCUCAAGAUGACAAGAUGACCAGCACAGACAGAUUCUCUGACAUGAAAGGGUUGUGGAGGCAAUGUGUGGGAAGGUAAACACAUUUUGGUCACGUCUGCUAAGGCAUUCUCGAAUAUUGCGAGACUAGAAUGCGGGUUACAAUCAGGUAACCUAUGGCUGUGAUUAAACGACAUUUUCUUUGGCUUCUACUUCCUGUGUCAUACAUGUGAUGAUGAUGAAGUAGUGGCGAAAUAACUGCUGGAACUAAAUAAGGAGAGGUAACUCCAUUCUUGGAGCAGGUAUAUUUAAAAUUGGAAUGAUUAUCACCUCAUUGUGAUUUAUGUGUAACAAUAUUGAGAUUUGUGUAACAAUAAUGAAAAUUGUGUAAAAAUAAUGAGAUAUUUUUAACAACAAUGAUCUCUGUGUAACAAUUUUGAUAUUUGUGUGUAUUAUGGUGUCUGUAAUCUGACCAGAGUAACAUUGAUCUAACCAAUCCGUGAUCUGUUCCUAGCCGGCCCUUGACCUGCUCCCACUCUGCCCCCUGACGCCUCGUUGCAUAUCCAACUGCCAUGUCAUUAGUUUUGUCGUUCUUAUUGUCCAGUCUGUCCUUGAUGGUGACCUUGACUCUCGCCUGCCUAAUGGCCUUGGCCUUCCUCCUCGUCUACCUGAUGGGACGCUUCAAGACAUGCAUUCGGGCGUACAUUCUGAGACUCGUCGCUCCUCAGUUCCGGUCUAUGACGUCAGACGAUUAUAAGACCAACGUGUUUAUUGGCUACGCCGAUGACGACUACAAGUUCGCUAUCAAUGUUCUACUACGGUAAGUUGGCUACACCUAUGACAUAUUUUCUUCUACUUCGGUAAGUUGGCUACACCUAUGAAAUAUUUUCUUCUACUUCGGUAAGUUUGCUACACCUAUGACCUAUUAUCUUCUACUUCGGUAAGUUGGCUACACCUAUGACCUAUUUUCUUCUACUUCAGUAAGUUGACUACACCUAUGACCUAUUUUCUUUUACUUCGGUAAGUUGACUACACCUAUGACCAAUUUUCUUCUACUUCGGUAAGUUGACUACACCUAUGACCUAUUGUCUUCCACCUCGGUAAGUUGACUACACCAAUGAAUAUUGUCUCCUACUUCGGCAAGUUGAUUACACCUAUGACGUAUUGUCUUCUACCUCGGUAAGUUGACUACACCUAUAACCUAUUGUCCUCUACCUCGGUAAGUUGACUACACCUAUGACAUAUUGUUUUCUACUUCGGUAAGUUGACUACACCUAUGACCUAUUGUCUUCUACCUCUGUAAGUUGACUACACUUAUUACCUAUUUUCUUCGACUUCGUUAAGUUGACUACACCUAUGAAAUAUUGUCAUCUACUUCGUGAAGUUGACUACACCUAUGAAUAUUGUCUUCUACUUCGGUAAGUUGAUUACGCCUAUGACCUAUUUUCUUCUACUUCGGUAAGUUGACUACACCUAUGACCUAUUGUCUUCUACCUCGGUAAGUUGACUACACCUAUGACCUAUUGUCUUCUACCUCGGUAAGUUGACUACAUCUAUGACCUAUUUUCUUCUACUUCGGUAAGUUGGCUACACCUAUGACAUAUUGUCAUCUACUUCGUGAAGUUGACUACACCUAUGAAUAUUGUAUUUUACUUCGGUAAGUUGAUUACGCCUAUGACCUAUUUUCUUCUACCUCGGUAAGUUGACUACACCUAUGACCUAUUGUCUUCUACCUCGGUAAGUUUACUACACUUAUUACCUAUUCUCUUCUACCUCGGUAAGUUGACUACACCUAUGACCUAUUGUCUUCUACCUCGGUUAGUUGACUACACUUAUUACCUAUUCUCUUCUACCUCGGUAAGUUGACUACACCUAUGACCUAUUGUCUUCUACCUCGGUAAGUUGACUACACCUAUGACCUAUUGUCUUCUUCGGAAAGCAAUUGACCCACUUUGUGACAGACCGUCAACGACAAUUCAAACAUAUUUAAAGAUACCCCCCAAACUCACCGACAAACAUGUCACUUAUGAUAUCACUUAUCAUGUCCCUUACCAAGUCACUUAUUAUGUCUCGUAUCGUGUCACUUGUCAUGUCACUUAUCAUAUCACUUAUCAUGUCACUUAUCAUGUCACUUAUCAUGUUACUUAUCAUUUCACUUAUUAUGUCACUUCUCAUGUCACUUCUCAUGUCUCUUCUCAUGUCACUUAUCAUGUCACUUAUCAUGUCACUUAUCAUGUCACUUAUCAUGUCACUUAUUAUGUCACUUCUCAUGUCACUUCUCAUGUCACUUAUCAUGUCACUUAUCAUGUCACGUAUCAUGUCACUUAUCAUGACACUUAGAAUGUCUCGUAUCCUGUCACUUGUCAUGUCACCUAUCAUGUCACUUAUGGCACUUAUCAUGUCACUUAUCAUGUCUUGUAUCAUGUCACUGUCAUGUCACUUAUCAUGUCACUUAUCAUGACACUUAUCAUGUCUCGUAUCAUAUCAUUUGUCAUGUCAUUUAUCAUGUCACUUAUCAUGACACUUAUCAUGACACUUAUCAUGUCAUUAAUGAUAAUUUAUUUAUAUAGCGUUUAAAGUUGAGCUGUUGUUGGUCUUUAAUCCUAGCUGCUGUUACGGAUAGCUUAAAUUGCAGGAUAUUUCUAGGUAAAAAAUUAUUGUGGAAGAACUUGAAACGAUAAUGUCAUGGCGUUAAAACCAGGUCAAGUUGUGUGUUUUUAAACACUGAUUACACAGGUACAACAUUAAAACUAGGCCAAGUUAUGUGGUUUUUAAACACAAAUUCCUGAUGACCCAGGUGUGACAUUGGACGCCUUAAGUAGUUUGAUAAGAGAUAAAAGAAGCUGUGAGAGUCAUUAGUUCAUAGCGUUUUUAAAUUAUUCAUUUCUAUUUCAAAAGUUUUCUGGAAGAUGAUUUAGGAGUGAGUACAUUCCUUCAUCACCGUGACCUUGGACCUGGCUAUACCGACCAACUGUUCUACGAGGCCAUUCAAAACAGCUGGCGUGUGCUACUGGUUAUAACGACCACCUUCCUACAGCGGUACCCGAUGGCUGACAUUGUAAUGAAGGUAAAUCACCAACAUUGUCAUAAAGGCAAAUUGCCAACAUUGUCAUGAAGUUAAAGGGCUGAAAUUGUCAUGAAGGUAAAUGGCUGACAUUGUCAGGAAGGUAAAUGGCUGACAUUGUCAGCAAGGUAAAUGGCCGACAGUGUCAUGAAGGUAAAUGGCAGACAUUGUCAUAAAGGCAAAUUGCCAACAUUGUCAUGAAGAUAAAUGGCUGAAAUUGUCAUGAAGGUAAAUGGCUGACAUUGUCGGGAAGGUAAAUGGCUGAAAUUGUCAGGAAGGUAAAUGGCCGACAGUGUCAUGAAGGUAAAUGGCAGACAUUGUCAUGAAGGUGAAUUGCUGACAUCGUCAUAAAGGUAAUUAGCCGACAUUGUCAUAAAGGUAGACAAAUAGUUCAUCAUGGCGUCAUGAAAUAAAAGAAUUCAUUUAUUAAUUUUCGCUUCUGUAAUCGGAAAAAAAUUCUUAUUUAAAAUGGUUUUAUAUUUAAGUGUUUAUAAAUGUGUUAGUAUAAGUGGUUUAUAAUAAGAGUUUAUAAUAAGUGUUUGUAGAAGGGCUUAUAAUACAUGUUUGUAAUAAGUGUUUAUAAUAGUUGUUGAUGAUUCAAAAAUAUUUAAUUAAUGUGAGUAUCACACGUAAUUAAUGCUCAGUUCACACGAACAAAUGUUCGUCGAAUUUAUUUUUCAAAGCACUAUUUUUUGUGUGUUAAAACACAUUGCGUUCAAAAAGAAAUUUGACGAAAAUUUGAUCGUAUGAACUGACCGUUACGAAGUCCAUAUUGAACCAGUAGGCAUAAGCUGAGGUAACAAGAAAACUGAAUGUGAACUCUGGGAAAUCCAGGAUGUCAGUUAUAACGGCUGAUGUGCAGUGAACAUUAGUUUCACUUUUAAACAACACAUGAAGUAAGACUUCGUGGCUGUACGAUGUACAGAUUGUGUUUGUGAUCAAUUUUUUUUAUUAUGGGGUGGGGGUUGUUGGGUUUCCGAAAAUGUCGUUGCCUUGUGUAUCAGAUAUAUUUCCAAUGUUAAAUAGACCAUGUCCAUUUAAUCAUGGUAUUUAUGCUAGUUCUGAAUUUGGCUGUGGGUGCGCAGAUGGCUCUUCAGACCUUGAGACCUAUUCUGGCACGACAUGUUCUAGUGCAGUAGCUGCAAGUGAGAGCUGAGCCACUUGUUAGAGCUGAGCCUCAUGUUAGAGCUGAGCCAGAAAGAAGAGCUGAGCAACAUUUUAAAGCUGAGCAGCAGGUUAAACAUAAUAAUAAUAAUAAUAAAAUUCAUUUCAAAAACACGCUUCAUCCCCAAAGGCUCGAAGCGCGGUACAAAGUCAACAAAAUACAAAUCUAUAAUUUACCACAUUUAAAACAAACGCAACACUAUAAAAACUAAUUACAAGCAUACAAUGGCAAAGUCUUUCUAGCCAUUUCAACCCCAAGCAACACAGCCAUUAUGCAUUAACUGGAAAAUAAGGUAGACAAUCAUCCCAGAAGGUGUUUGCGAAAUAGAUGUGUCUUUAAAUUGGUUUAAACAUGAGCACCUUGUGGGGACACAAGACUGAAUAACUACCUUAACAAAUGGGUAAGACUUCUGCCCAAUUUGAAAUUAGCUUGUUGUAAUUUUAAAUAAAAUAAUCUAUUUCACACAUUUGUAUGGACAUUAGCAUUGAAAAUAGAACUAUACAAAUACAUUUAGAAAAUAAAAAUAUUUUUUUAGGUAUUAUUAUUAUUCUAUUGACGCGGUUCAUAUAAUUAUAAAUACCUACGCAGAUGGGUAAGAGAGUUAAGGAACAAAAAGGGGAAGAUACGUUUGUUUAGGGUUUAAUUUGAAUGUUUAUGUUCAUUGAAAGGACGAUAGGAAAUGUCUGAUCACUUUUAUCAAACCAGAAUGCUCACUGAGAGUUCUUUGAGACUUGCGCAGAGUGUCUUAGAUUUGUACACAAUUCUAACUUUGUUAAAAGAGUCUGUUAAUUAAAUAGCAAAGCAACCAAAAAACAAAUUUUUUCGUAUAAAUAAUUUUAAAAAAAUAAAAUAUCAAGCUAUUGGGGGGGGGGUAGGUGGGGUGGUUGAAAUAAUGACAAAAUAUGGAUACAGGUGACGCACUUUAUAAUAAUCCCAAUUAGUUCCGCGCCCAACGCUCGCCACCUAAUUAAAUAGAAAAGCAACCAAAAAACAAAUUUUUUCGUAUAAAUAAUUUUAAAAAAAUAAAAUAGCAAGCUAUUGGGGGGGGGGGUAGGUGGGGUGGUUGAAAUAAUGACAAAAUAUGGAUACAGGUGACGCACUUUAUAAUAAUCCCAAUUAGUGCCGCCCCCAAGGCUCGCAACCCCACAUUUUUUCACGCCCCUGGAUUAGAUUAAUAUUCUAAAGACCCACCCUCAUUUACGCCGCUGAUUUAUUUCACCAACUAUUUCAGAAAAACAAAAGAAAAUAUUACGCAGCAAACGCACUUGCGAUAUUUCUAGCCUUAAGAAUCUCAUUCAGAGCAGUUAUCGGGAAUUUAUUCUAUCUUCCCCUUGAAAAACAGGAAAUACUGAUUUUUAGGGCAUGGGGUUGUUUUGUUCAGGUCAGGUUCGAUUUCUAUCUUAACUGCCACCCAGUGAACAACUCGUUCAGCAUAUAGUGUGGCCAUCUCUUCCAUUCACCAAUUCCCUCAGGUGCGUGCCGAAGAGCAUAUAAACAAUGUAUGCAACCAGGCAAACAAGACCCCUGGGGUUCUUAAGGCGUAAUCUAAAGAUCGGGUAGUCCAGUCUGAAAGGAAAGGCCCUUAGAGCCUUUGCCCGGCCGCUUUUAGAUUACGUAUCUGCAGUCUGGGACCCAUUUACCCAGAAGAGCUUCGACUUUGUCCUGAACCGCUACAGGAACACCUCCAGUGUUGGCAGCAUGCUGGAAACACUGGGCUGGUCACCAUUGGAGAAACGACGACGCUAUCCAGGCUCUCCAUGAUGUACAAGAUAAAUAAUGGGCUGGUCCACUGCUCCAGUAUUAAACAGAAACUCGUCCCUCUCCCCCAUAGACAGCGACGAGGCCAUGACAGGCAAUUCAGGCUCAUUCUAGCAAGAAGCCAGUAUAGAAGCUGCUCAUUCCUGCCCAAGACAAUCAGGGACUGGAACAAUCUUUCAAAAAGAAAAGUUGAGGCGAAAACAUUUGACACAUCUGCGUCUAUUGCCACAGGCCUUCCAACUCACACAUGAUACCUUCACUGAGUGGCCCUUGCAACCAAUAAAGUAUUGAUUGAUUUUGAUAUUUAUAUUGCGCUGGUAUCCAUGCCACUUUAGCAUGCUCACUGCGCUCUGGUUUAACGGAAUCUAUUUAAACAAAAAAGUUUUAAAAUGUUUCUUAAAUUAUUUUUUAUCAUUUUCAAUUCCCCUCAAACAUUGAGGCAAAUUGUUCAAUAAUUUUGGCGCUAUCGCUUCAAAAAGGCGCACUCCGUAAGAAUUUGUUCUGUGUUCAUUCAUCGUCGGAAUGAUCAAUAAGUUGAUCGUGGGCCCUUAAUAUAAGAAGAAGAAGAAAGCAACGUCUGGAAAGGGUGCCCACCAGGAUAUGGAAGCAAGUGCCGCCCAUGACAUGAGUAAAAAUAGUUUUUUUUUGGCCCCUUGUCUUUGUCAUGUACAUGACAUUUUAUUGUUUAGUUCACUCUAAAUAUAAUAUAAAUAAAUGUAAAUAAAAACUAUUUUGUCCCCCCACCCCCCACCCCAAUAUUUACACCCGGGACAAGUACCCCCCUGCACGAUCCUACGCACGGCCCUGAAUCCAGUAUUUUACUCACCCCUCUGGGAUCAGGUCAUCCAAGGAAGCUUUAUUAUUUUCAAUUGUUCUACACGUGUCCUUGACCUUCCCCGGCCGUCCCGCAUGCUUAACAUUUCCUGCGAAACUUGCACGUACGUUAUUAAAUGAAGAGCGCUUCUUAAGAGUCAAGUGUCCUAGAACUUUGUCAUGGUCAUGCUUCUGACUCGUUGAGCACUGACUGAAAGUACCGGGAUGACCCACUCAACAAACAUAUGUGAGGCGUUGGUCCGUUACAGCGUCGACGAAGAGUUGUCUUUACAGCGCCGUUACAGAGUUGUCCCUCUUUUAAUCAGAUGCUGUCUAGAUCUUUGGUUGUAAACGUGUCAAUGCAAUAUUCAACCACGGACGGCUUUGACGUCAAGGGCAUCUGUCAGAUGCUGUCAAUUUAAACGGAGUUUGAAAAGACUACAAUACAAUACAAGUAGUACCAUUUAUUUGAAUUAGUUUUUUAAAAUGCAUUAGUCUUAAACGUCUCAAAUCCUUGUGACUUGAUCGCUUGUUUUAAAUGCAUACAAAAUUUUCUCAAACACAUUUCUGAAGGGCUUCAGCUUACGUCCAUCGUAAUGUGUCAGUUUUUCACAUUCAGGGCCAACCCUACCACUUCCAGGGCCAACCCCGCCACUUCCAGGGCCAACCCUGCCACUUCCAGGGCCAAUCCUACAACUUCCAGGGCCAACCCUGCCACUUCAAGGGCCAACCCUGCCCCUUCCAGCGCCAACCCUGCCCCAUCCAGGAAAAACCCUGCCCCAUCCAGGGCCAACCCUGCCACUUCCACGGCCAACCCCACCACCACCAGGAAAAACCCUGCCACUUCCAGGGCCAACCCUGCCACUUCCAGGGCCAACCCUACCACCAGGGCCGGCGCUAGGGAAUGACGAAGUAGGCGACCGUUGCCGUAGUAUAUUUAUAGUAUACCUAAGCCUACUAAUAGUUCCCAAUCCAUUUAGGCCCCAGUACAACGGAUCUUAAUGUCCUAUCGGCGGAAUAUAUAACGUAAACGGCACCGCAAAAUUCAAUUUGCCCAAGGCCCCGCACCCUCCUAGCGCCGGCCCUGUUACCACAUCCAGGGCCAACCCUGCCACAUCCAGGGCCAACCCUGUCACAUCCAGGGCCAACCCUGUCACACCCAGACGAUCCAACAGCUAACACAUUUCUAUGUGUAUCUGUUUAUUAGCUAUGUAAUCUAAGCGUUAAUUGUUUACAUAUUUUCUGAUUCUCCUUAACUCUAUUUAUGACUUAUAACCUAUAGGAAACACCCCCAAAAAACGUUACUGAAAUUAUAUUCAAAAAAAGUAUUUAUGUAACGAUAAGAAUAUUUUAAAAAUAAAUGUAUAGUCUUCAAUUAAAUUUUACAAUUUGAGAACCUUCAAUUCGUUGAACUACUUUGUUACUACUUUCACAAAACCCAUCAAAUUAAAGUACGGCUUGUUCAUAGGGGUCAAUUCAUUGCCUUGUGUUUAUUGUCUUUCCCAGUACGCAAGCGGGUCUCUGACCCCAGUCAACCAGGGGCGUGUCUUUGUGCUGGUUGAGGGCUCUCAGGUCCACAACAUCCCUUCCUACCUCCAUGAUGUUUUGGACGACACGAGGAUCAUUACUGUCCAUGACCUUGACCAAUCUCUGACCUACGAGCAGAAACAGAGCAUCAUUCAGUGUCUGAAACCUUCAAUCUGAACAAUAGAGACCUUCAAUCUGAACAAUAGAGACCUUUUCUCCUAACAAUAGAGACCUUCACUCUCAACAAUAGAGACCUUGACUCUGAACAAUAAAGAUCUUCACUCUGAAACAUAGAGACCUUCAAUCUGAACGAUAGAGACUUACAAUCUGAACAAUAGAGAGCUUUCCUCCUAACACUAGAGACCUUCACUCUGAACGAUAGAGUCCUUCACUCUGAAUGAUAGAGCCCUACAAUCUGAACAAUAGAGACCUUUUCUCCUAACAAUAAAGACUUUCACUCUGAACGAUAGAGACCUUCACUCUGAACAAAAGAGACCUAUAAUCUGAACAAUAGAGGCCUUUUCUCCUACAAAUACAGACCUUCACUCUGAACAAUAGAGACCUUCAAUCUCAAUACUAGAGACCUUCCCUCUGAACGAAAGAAACCUUCACUCUCAACAAUAGAGACAUUCACUCUGAACGAUAGAGAACUUAACUCUAAACGAUAGAGACCUUCAAUCUGAACAAUAGAGACCUUCAAUCUGAACAAUAGAGACCUUCAAUCUGAACAAUAGAGACCUUCAAUCUGAACAAUAGAGACCUUCAGUCUGAACAAUAGAGACCUUCAAUCUGAACAAUAGAGACCUUCAAUCUGAACAGUAGAGACCUUCAGUCUGAACAAUAGAGACAUUCACUCUGAACGAUAGAGACCUUCAAUCUGAACAAUAGAGACCUUCAGUCUGAACGAUAGAGACCUUCAAUCUGAACGAUAGAGACCUUCAAUCUGAACGAUAGAGACCUUCAAUCUGAACGAUAGAGACCUUCAAUCUGAACAAUAGAGACCUUCAAUCUGAACAAUAGAGACCUUCAAUCUGAACAAUAGAGACCUUCAAUCUGAACAAUAUAGACCUUCAAUCUGAACAAUAGAGACCUUCAAUCUGAACAAUAGAGACCUUCAAUCUGAACAAUAGAGACCU